AGCAGGAAUGCUCUGGAAGUUUUCCUGUGAGCUCCCCUUCACAUGUUGAAGAGCGUCUGAUAUGGACAUGUGGCCGCUGGUGCUCCUGUUGGUCCAGCUCUGCGUCUGCUCCGGGUAUGAAGGGUCAGGACAGUACGCCUACGGAGACGAUGAGGACUGGUAUUCCCGUAGAUAUAAAGGAACCCCGUGGUGCGCACCCAUUAAGCUGAAACAUGGAGCCGUGAGCUGCCGCACGCCCAGAGGAGACCACCACAGGAACGUGAUGGGAACUCGCUGUAAAAUCCGCUGUAACCAGGGAUACGAAUCCCAGAGCUCAGAGGUGGUGUGUAUGGCUAGCAAGCACUGGUCCUCUAACUAUGCCUGCCGAGAGAUCCGUUGUCCCAAGCUGGACAUGCCCGUGAACGGCGGUUAUAAGUGUUCGGACGGCUCCGACUUCAACUCCCGCUGCCAGUUCUUCUGCUCCCCUGGAUUCAGUCUGAAGGGCCAGAAGACGGCAACCUGCCAGCACACCUCAGUGUGGAGCGUUGGAGUCCCCACCUGUGUCGACUUGGAUCCUCCAAAAAUCAAGUGCCCUACUCUGAAGGAUAAGUGGGCCGAGCCCAGAAAGCUGACAGCCAGGGUGACCUGGGACACACCGGAGGGUGUCGACACAGCAGACGGCAUCCUGACAGAUGUUAUCCUAAAAGGAAAACUGUCAAAGUCUGACUUCCCAGAGGGGCUCCAUAAGAUGUCUUACACGGUGUUUGACCGGGCCGGGAACAAAGGGUCCUGUCGCUUCACUGUCAGAGUCAGAGUUCGCCGCUGCAGCCCGCUGUUUCCUCCAGACAACGGUUAUAUGAAGUGUGACGGCGACAAAGACAACUACGGUGCUUCCUGUGAAUUCAAAUGCACGGGAGGCUUCGAGCUGCAGGGCAGCGCUGCCAGAGUGUGUCAGUACGGACUCACCUGGUCUGGUUCAGACACUACUUGUGCACCCAUGAACAUUAACGUGGGAGUGCGCUCAGCUGCUGCACUGCUGGACCAGUUCUACGAGAAGCGACGACUCCUCAUUAUCUCAGCGCCAACGGCCGCCAAUCACAAUUACCGCUUUCAGAUGACUAACUUACAGCCAAAUAACAGGAGGAAUGGUGUCGGGGUGACAAAGAGAAAAUGUCAUGGCGCAUGCUCAGUGUGGUCUGGACCUGAGACACGUCACCGUCAUCGAGCUGGUCGGGACUUACCCAGCACAAGUCGGCCGAAUCCGUCACAGACUGUUAACUCCAGCGCUGGCUCUGCAGCUCAGGAUUCUGCUCCGGAUUCCCCAGAGGUCUUUCUACAUGGUGCUGGUAGACAAGCAGGGCAUUGACAAGCAGCGCUACCCGUUCCCCAUCACAACGGCUGAAUUAUUCACCACCAUUGACACCUUCCCCCUCCGUAAGGACGAGAUGGAGCUGCAGCAGGAGGCGGGCCAGAGCUGUCAAUCAUAAAACACCCUCAGCUGUGAUCCUUCAUCAGACACCCACUCAGAUCUGCAGCUUCCAGACACAUCACACACUCCUACCUGAACCCAUUCUGUCCUGUUUCCUCAACGUGUGUGUGUGUGUGUGUGUGUGUGUGUGCGUGCGUGCGUGCGUGCGUGCGUGCGUGCGUGUGUGCUGAUCUGAGGCUGAUCUACAUUGAAUGGAUCACACACUACAUUACAGUGAUAUUGAUUCCUGUGUCUUGUCUCGCUGUUUUUUUUAAUUAUUAUUUCCAAAGCAGAAAUAUGUUUUACUAUUUUGUACAAAAAAAAGUCCUUUUACUGUAUGAACUGGGAACUUUCCACCUGUCUAGAAUUGAUGUCUCAUUUUUCCGUUAAUGAUGAACUCUGUCUCUAUACAGCCACGAAAACACUGAUUAAAGGCGCUGAGUGGA